GGGACACGGAAGAUGAAAGGCAGUCGGGUUCCUGGCUUCGAAGCAGUCACCCAAGAAAAUGCAAGUAGAAGCAAGCAGAGGGCGAAAGAAGGAGACUGCGCAAGAAGCGUACGUGUACGACUUUCAAGAUCAGGCGGCCUCGAAAGAUGCUGACGAUGGAACCACGACGACCUCGACAGAAGCCGCCGUUGAGGCGCAGGAGGACGCUCCACCGAACGUCGAAGCCUUCGUUCAGGACUUCAUUGAUAACGGUUAUCGGAAGGUCCUACCCGUGGUGACACAAUUUGGAUUCGACCCUGCCGUGUCUGUGGAGUGCUCCAAGAGUCUGCUCAAAUUCGCUCUGGCAUUCAGAAGACUGGAACCAUGGGCGUUGCGAAUGGUCGAUGCAACGGGCAAAGUGGCACCUGGACUUCUGAUGGGCACACUCGGGGACCUCGGUAACUUCGACGAGUGCCUGGCCACCGCCGUGAACAACUUGUACGGGGAGCGGGACUUCUCCGGGAGGUUUUGCACGGUGUACAUGAACUUUAAGAAUAACUCGUUCGUUUCCAAGAUGGUGGACAAGUUUCAGCAACAGGGAUACCUCAUGGACUACAAAAACCCGCUACGCUGGAUCAAGAAUCACAUGGCCAACGGCGUUCGCCAGUCAGCUUGCAUCCCGUCCACUUGCUCGGCGGAGGACCUCGCGUAUAUUCUCAACACGAUGGGCAAAAAAAUCGGCAUGGUGGUUCGCAUUCGUGGCUGCAAGGCGGAGGGGGAGACCAAAGUCACCGGCUGGCAGACUGGAAUCCUCUCCACGCUCGGAACUAUGGCAGCCCUGGUGUGCGUGGGGACUGGAAUAGACAUCGCUUUGCGAACAAUCUUCAAAGCCAAGACGCAAGGAAGACCGAGAGGCGUUCUGCUGGAACUCGCACUUGGCUUUUCGAUUGUCUCUAAUACGGAAAAGCUGCUCAAGACCGACCCCAGUGAUCCAGCUGAUUCAAAGUUGCAGUUCAUUCACGGUCUUCGGUUCUACAGCUCAACUUGGGUUAUGUUGGGGCACGCCUUUUUGAUCGCCGAUCCCACAGCUACAGGUUCUUUGAUGAACGUCGUGGACCUGGUGGAAGAAUUUAUGACCACACUGAUCGCCAACGCGUUUCCAUCCGUUGAGACUUUCCUGUUUAUAAGUGGAUUUUUGUUGUCGUACAACGUGCAAAAGUCACUUAGGAACAAGACCAGGCUGUUCCUUUGGGUCCCACUUAUUCUUUUGCGUCGUUAUAUACGAUUGACCGUGCCGGCCAUGUUCAUUGUGGGAAUCUGGCUUCUGGUUCCUCUGAUGGCCGAUGGUCCGGUGCUCAAUGACUUCAAGGCCACCUUUCUGGAUACCUGCCAGAGGCGGUGGUGGUCCGUGAUGCUUCACACAAACAACUUUGCUCCUUUCCUCGAAAUGUGCCUGGGGCAUUUAUGGUAUAUAAACAUCGAUUUCCAGCUCUACGUUGCUCUCAUAUUCAUCCCCAUUCUCAUGAUCCGGCGGCCUUACCUGGGAAUUAUGAUCGCCGCAUUUGCCACUGUGGCGUCCUCGGCUUACACCGGUAUCAUAAGCUACAUCAUGAACUACCAGCCCGCCAUCAUCUUCACACAUACAGACGUGAGUUACACUAUUGGCACGGCGAACCAGAUUUACUUCAAGCCGUUCUCUCACAUCGGACCCUUCUGCAUCGGCGUGGUCUUAGGAUACUACAUUUACAUGGCUCCAAAGAUCAGGCUCUCAAAGGCGACGGAGCUGCUGUGUUGGUCGGCAGCAGUGGCCUGUGGCGUGGCCAUUGUGUUUGCACCCCACAAGUGGUACACGGACCAUUCCUACUCCAUCUAUCGUCCGGAAUGCCUGCUGUUCGCGUCACUGCAUCGUGUUGCUUGGACACUUAGCGUGGGCUGGGUCGUCUUCGCUUGCGCAACAGGCAGAGGAGGGUUCGUGAUGUCUUUCCUGUCGUGGCCUGCUCUGGUGCCCCUGAGUCGGCUUUCAUACGGCGCUUUCUUGACUCACGUGGUCAUUCUGCUCGUCCAAACCAUGACCAACCGCGAAAGAAUCGCCUACACGUAUAUGGUCAAGACGAUGAACUACUUCUCCGUCGUGAUGGCGUCCUACCUCUGCGCCUACGUCCUCUUCUUGUUCUGCGAAGCGCCCGUGGCAACAUUGGAGCGAACCCUCCUGGGCGGACGCAGGUCUCCAGCGACCGAGAUGGAGCCGACAAAGCCGAACUCGGAACCGGCAAGAACCACGGAAAACGGCCAUCAUCACGCUUGUGGAUUUGUACUUCCAGUUCGAUGUGGAUCUACAGAUGAGAGCGCCCAAAGGAGCCACCUCUAGUCGGGACUCGUGGACGAACGUCCAAUCGAAGAUCGUACCCACGAAUUUUGUGUCAUAAGUGCUGCACCUAGAUUGACGCUCUGAACUUCCGUGAACUCCCCAAAUGUUCUUGAGUGCGGAAAGUGUGGUUGUAUAGUGACACGCGAUGAUGACGGAGUGAUAAUUUUGUUGCGCGUUUAGAGAAUUCCAUUUGUGAAUUAACAUUAAAAAUAUUGUCUGUACGUGGAUUCAUCAGGGACAGAUAUACACACAAAUAGCUGCAUCGUUCUGAACUGCAUCCCAGCAAAGGGUGCUGAUCCUUCUAUAUUCUGCUCCUUACGGUCAUCUUCAGAGCUAACUGCUCUAGGACAAUUGCUACCUCUGCGUGCUUCACGCCAGAUCUAAAGAGUCGGCUCCGUCGUGCAACAGGGAUUACUCGCUAAGAAUGUGGAAUCGAGGCUUGGGAUAGGCGUGACUCCCACAGGGCAUCUAUACUUCGUUUCACAUCAAGUCCUGACGCAGCAGAUAUUAGGAGCUGAUGGGACAGACCAGAUAGCGUUAAACGCGCACCAUGAUGGUGUUCGUCAUGUUGCUCUACCUGCUGGUUGGUCCCAUUAGCUCCUAGCGUCCGCUGCGCCCGAACUAAAGCCGAAACGAUGUAUAGAUCAACUGAACUCUGUGACGUCACAUCGCUGAGGUGGCGCUGCUGUCGGAACUGCGCAUGCACAGAUCCUUCGCCUCGUGCGAUUCUGGUUUGGGCAAACGCGGGCUUGUUUAUAACCGUGUGCUGGUCAAUAACAGUACUUCGGGUUGGGAGUUACCGACGGGGAUAAAAAGUAUAUGUAAGUCCUUAAAGCAUAGAACUUUAAGUGUGAGUGCGAUGAAGGGAAAAAUAAUACAUCGAUGACUUUCCCAGCGUGUGUAACUCCAACGUCAUCAUGGUGACUGCGAAAUGACUUUGUGUUAGAGAACAGAAGACGGCAAAAGAAGGAACACAGAGAAUGCACGAGUGACCUGAUUUUUUUAUGAUAUUAGUGCAAGUCGGAUCACAAUAAAGCUCUUACACGUGAUUGCUGUUCAAG